CACACACACACACACACACACACACACACACACACACACACGCACACACCUCCUCAGGUGUCAGAUUUGUGGCUGCUGGCCAUGAAGAGGUUGGGUGAAGACAGCCCAUCGGACACCGAGUCUGAUGGAACCAUAGACGUGGGCAAAGAGGAAUACAGCCAAAUCUCCGGAGCUCACUCCCCCACCACCACGUCGCAGAUGCAAGCCAGGAAGAAAAGGAGAGGGAUCAUUGAGAAAAGGCGACGGGAUCGUAUCAACAGCAGCUUGUCUGAGCUUCGUCGUCUGGUCCCUACAGCCUUUGAGAAGCAGGGCUCCUCCAAACUGGAGAAAGCAGAAAUCCUGCAGAUGACAGUGGACCAUUUGAAAAUGCUCCGUGCCACCGGAGGGUCUGGCCUCUUCGACGCCUGUGCCCUGGCAGUGGAUUAUAGAAGCAUUGGCUUUCGAGAGUGCCUCACUGAGGUUGGGAGAUACCUCGGGAUCCUGGAGGGCCAGAGCAGCGCCGAGCCCAUCCGGCUCCGCCUUCUUUCUCACCUGCACAACUACAUUGCUGAGAUGGCGCCCUCGCCGGGGACUGCCACCUUCCUGCCUUGCCCGGCUUGGCCCUGGGCAUUCCCCCACACCUCCUCGGCAGCCUCGAGCCAGCUUCCAGUCCCCCAGCAAGGGCCCAGCCCGGGUCUGGCACUCGUGACUGCCUCCUCUCUGGCAUACUCCAUCCCUAUGCUCCGAACGGCCCCUCUCCACCGAAUUUCUGGUGCCAUCCUGCCAGCCCGGAAGAGCUUUCUGAGUCAUCGGGUGCCAGCAUCCCCACGUAGGGCCCGCCCUGCAGGAAGGCCGGCUAGCCCUGCCUCGAUCCCUGUGGGUGGUGCGGCAUCCAGAAACAGCCACAUUGCUGCAGUCCUGCUCUCCUCCUCCUGCUCUCCCUCCACUGGUGUCCCAAUCCCUCCUGCCUACACAUCUCCCCCUGCUCUGAGCCCAUCCGCUCAGGGGCCGACAGGUAGGGUUGGCCCUGCCAGACUCUGCCGCUCCUGGACUACCGAGGUCGGGGCUUUCUGAGGUGAUUCCCUGCCAGAUGCCAGAGAACACACACUGCGUCCGGCUCCUGGGGACCGUGGCCCCAGCCAGCCUGACUUUCCCCCUGGAUGACGUCAUGAUGUAAAGGGCUCAUUCUUCCAUCACCAUCCCAGCCUCCCUCCUCACCCAGUCUCUCCCUGCCUCUCCCAGUAGCCUCUCCAUUCCCCAUCUUCAUGUUAUCCUUUCUGCUCCCAGGCUUCAUCUAUUUCCCCUUCUCCAUUUCAGUUUUACUAAUGACUGUGAAACUGGCUGCCUGGUAUAUCAGAAUGAGCCUUGGCUCCGAAGCCAGACGACUUGGCUUCAGCUCCUGGCUCUCCUUCCUGACUGAGUGACCCUGGGAAAAUCCCUUCUCUCUGGGCCUUAGAUGUAGCCUCUUCAGAAUGGAGGAGGGGACUAGAUGCUCUCCCAUGCCUUUCAGCUCCAGAGCUUAUCAUGCUAUGUCUUGACUUCUGUGAGGACUGUGGGUGUAUUUCACUGUGUAAUUGACAAGUAAACGCAAACCUUACCAGUAUCCUCUAGGUGUAGGGAAUUGUGGCGACCCCUAUAGGUGAUGCUGAUAUGUGAAGAUGGCCUGGGCACCGUGAACACUGGACAGAAAAAUGAGGUUCCUUGAGCUUUAUUGAAGAACCCUCAUCAGGACCUUGAUCAGAGACCACUAGGUCUCCAUCCCAUGGCUUCAGUACCUGUUCCUCUUCUAUGAAUGCCCCUUGUUGAACAUUGAUUCACCCCAACACCCCACACCAACUUCCCCUUCAGAGAAAUUCCCUGGAGUGACAUAGUUCCCAGGGGAAGGCUACCCCGCCUAGAUGGCUCCAUGGCAGCUAGUUGGCAAGGUCCAUAGAGUGCUGGACUUGGAGCCAGAAAGGCCUAAAUUCAAACCCUUCUUACUAGCUGUGACCAUGGG